UUAACAUGAAGACUGUCCUGCUGUAUUUCUGUUUCUGUAGCCUCACUUGGGCCCAGGCAGAGCUUCAGUCCCAUUACAGAAAAGUAAAGCAGAAAUGUAUUGGAGAACAUCAGAUAACAGUCAAAGGCCAUCAUUCCAAGCAUGGGUUUUACAUAUUUAAUUAUAUGUAUUCAUCUUCAGAGCCAGAGAACCAAACACAGAUUAAGAAGGAAGACGGUGAGCAUAUUUCCAGGCCUACUCAUGUUACUGUCAGAAACAAGGAAUCUAGAGAUCCAGUUGACAAUCUUACUGAAAUUGCCCAAGUGACAAAUGAUGAGCAAAAGCAUUUAAGUAAAAUGGGAAAUGACAGCCUGGAAAGAACUACUGAAAACCACCAGAAUUUGAGUGGACAUUAUGGAAACACUAGAAACUGGGAUUUUGACCAAGAUGCCUUAGAAAUUUUUGUAGAUAAAAGAAGAGAUGAAUUUUCUACAGGAUAUAUUACCAGUGAGAUAGAAGGAAGUGGGGAUAAUGUUCCUGACCAAGUUGCCAUCCAUCAUGCUGUCACUAGUGACAAUAAAGAUCAUGACCAAGAUAAAGACCACCAAGUCAUAGUGAAAGAGAAAGAAAUUCAUUCGGGGAUAGCUAACAAUAGCACGUCAUUAAAACAUAGUGAUAUCAAAAUUGGGGUAAAAGAGAAUGAUGUCAGACUCACCCAGGAAAUUAAAAAAAUCAUGUCUGAGAAAACUAAGGACCCACAAAAGAAAGAUUUUUCAAAGGUUUUUCUGAAAGGGUCAACUGAUGCUCCCAAGAAGCAGCCAGACAAAGAGGAAAACGGUUACAUUAAUUUGUUACAGAAGGGCAAAAAGGAUAGAGGAACUUCCAAAUUAUCUAAUAAUCUUGAUAUACAAAGCAAUCUUUCUGUAGAGUUUCUGGAGAAAAUUGAACCCAUAAGAACUGGAAACAAUUACACUGAUGUUUCAAAGUCUAGUGGAAUUAAGGUACCUAAUGAAAAAAGUAUUAGCAAUGCAACAGUGUACGAGAAACAUGGUGGUGAAUACACUGUGAUAAUUAGGAAAUUGGAUAGGUCAAUGAAUACAUCUAAAAUUAGCAAACCACAUGAAAAAGUUGAAGUGCAUAUAAUUAGUAACAGCCAUGUGGAAGAAGCUAAUACUAUCAAGGAACAUAAGAAAGAUGGAGCAACAGAAGAUGUCAUUAGGGGGCAGUCCAACAAACAUAUGGAAGUAGCUGUCACUUCCAGAAUACACAAAAAGGAUUAUGGGAAAGUUGAUGUCAAAGGAAGGCUAAUAAAAGAGAAGAUUGAUCCAGGUAAAACAAACAAAACUAAAGUUACAUUGAGUGGAAAGCUUAAUAGUCUUGCGGGUAGAUUUGAAGUUACUAAACCACCUCUGAAGGGUGAAGUUACUUUCCUUAAAAUAAUUUCUGACGAUGAUAGAUCAGAUCUUAAUGCAAAAGAACAAGGCAAAAAAGGUAUCCUUAAAGUUGAUUUCACUUAUGGAAAGUCUAAUAUGGCUAAAGAAGAUGUUGGUUCCACCAAAGCUCUUCAAAAAGGACUUGGCAGUCAUGAAAAGAUCAACAGAAAAAAUCAUAAAGUCUCACUGAAUGAUCCACAAGUACACAAGAAAGGCCAAAAUAGAUUUGGUGUUACAUUUCAAGAUGUUGACAGAGAUGCCAGAGAAAAUGCCAAUUCCAAUAUAGGCAAUGAAAUUGUUGCAGAACUCAGGAAGAGUAAUAUUAUAGAAUCUUCCAACCCGGAGGCAGAAUAUCAUGGUGAAAAAGCUGCUGAGUUCAAAAGUGCCCUUUCUUUAUCUCAUGGAUCUCAUAACAAUAUACAACUCGCUGUUCAUAUUCCAAAGAAUGAUCACCUUAAAGCUCAGGGGCAUUUUUUGUCCCCUGUGAAGGAGAAAAAAGUUCCAAAGACAGGCCAAAAACCUGCUGAGAUUAGUACUGGAACAUACAGACGCCAUGCAGCUAAGCAGCAUUAUAGAUAUGGCACUUUGAGGAGAAAGAGCAGUCAGCCUAAUAAAAAGCGGCAAUCAGUGAAGAAAGUCCACGUAAGUGAUAGCAGCCAAUCAUCGGAGAGUGACAGUCGCCAAUCCUAUGAAGAUUAUCAGAAUGACAAGCUUUCAUCUGAAAGUGUUUAA